AGUCAACAGUUGUCGCUUUCGCUGGAAAGCAGCACCAAAAGAAAAAAACAAAUUGGAUUUCUGAAUUGGAAACAAUUUCAAACAUGAUUUCGGUUACUUGUGUGGCGCCCGUGAACAUAGCACUCAUAAAAUACUGGGGAAAGCGGCACGAAGAUCUCAUUCUGCCCGUCAAUGAUUCCAUUAGCAUGACUCUGAGCACCGAUGAGCUCUGCGCCAAGACCACAGUGACUGCUUCGGAAACCUUUGAGAGGAAUCGCAUGUGGUUGAAUGGGGAGGAGGUGCCCUUCGAAGAGGGUUCCCGCCUGCAGCGCUGCUUAAAGGAAGUUCAUCGACUGGCUGUGGCGAGGAGCUCGCAGAAGGUGCCGCCAACCUGGAAGCUGCACAUCGCUUCGGUGAACAAUUUUCCCACUGCCGCUGGUCUGGCAUCCAGUGCAGCAGGCUACGCCUGCCUGGUGUACUCGCUGUCCCGACUGUACGAUAUACCGCUGAAUGAGGAGCUGACGACGGUGGCGCGACAAGGAAGUGGAUCGGCGUGCCGUAGUCUGUAUGGUGGAUUUGUGCAAUGGCAUCGUGGAGCACUGGACGAUGGCAGCGAUUCGGUGGCCAAGCAGAUAGCACCUUCUGCCCACUGGCCCGACAUGCACGUGCUCAUCCUGGUCGUAAAUGAUGCGAGGAAGAAGACUGCCUCCACAAGGGGCAUGCAGCAGUCGGUGAAGACAUCGCAGUUAAUCAAGCAUCGCGUGGAUCAAGUGGUUCCCGACAGGAUCAAUCAACUGAGAGAGGCCAUCGCAAGUCAUGACUUUCAGACAUUCGCCGAAAUAACGAUGAAGGACUCGAAUCAGUUCCAUGCCGUCGCCCUGGACACCUAUCCGCCGUGUGUCUACAUGAACGAUGUGUCGCACAGGAUCGUUUCCUUUGUUCACGACUAUAACGAGAGCAUGGGCAGCUAUCAUGCUGCGUACACCUUCGAUGCUGGUCCAAAUGCAUGUCUGUAUGUCCUGGCGGAAAAUGUGCCGCAUCUCUUAAGUGCUGUCCAGCGAGUGUUCCCCAAUGACUUAGCGGGUGGUGACACUUACUUACGAGGUCUUCCCAUCCCAAAAGUAGAAAAUACGGAACAUCUGAGCAACAAAAUCGAUUCACUAGAUGUUCAUGCUAAGAAUGCAUUCAGAUAUAUAAUUCACACCAAAGUUGGUGAAGGACCAAGGGAAUUAGGCGCUGAUGAGAGUUUAUUGUUAAAUGGUCUUCCUUUGGAGCAUUAGGAGUGAUUUUUAGAACGUAUUGCAUGAGGAAAGAAACAGAAAUUCUUAAAGGAAAAUAUUUUGUAGAUUAUAUUUAUGCGAAGAGGUGGGGUGCCUAUAAAUUCACAUAUAAACAUUUGAAAAGCACGAUUAUUCUCUUUUACAUGACAAUAUUUGAAUACCUUAAUUGAAACACCUUAAUUUAUUCCCUUUAUUUAUUUUUACUACCAUAAGAAAUUCGGUGAUCAAAUAAUUGGCUAUUUUUAAAUAAAAUUUACAAAAAUCAAAAAUCAA